AAACUUCACAGAUUUGAUCACCAUUUGGCAACGACUGACCGACUCGACCAUCAACGCCGUCACCAUGCCGAGCCACAAGUCUUUCCGAACCAAGCAGAAGCUUGCCAAGGCGCAGAAGCAGAACCGCCCUGUGCCCCAGUGGAUUCGCCUCCGAACUGGCAACACCAUCCGCUACAACGCCAAGCGAAGGCACUGGCGCAAGACCCGCAUCGGUAUCUAAGCUACUCGUUCUCAACCGUUGUCCGCCCCCAGCACCCGACUUUCUCUCUCUUGGGCAUGGUAUCACGAUGUUAAAGGAAAGGAUGGAUUGAUUUGUUAUGGCGUGAACUAUGGGACCGUGUUGUUAGCGUACGCGCGUGCACACGGUGGGGGAUGGGCCGGAUGCCUGGUUUAUCGAUUAUCACGGUUACUGCAUGUCACGGACGGUCAUAGGGAAAAAGGAAUGCAAAGAUAUGAUGCCCCCAAAAAGAAACGGGCCUGAACUACACGGAUGCUGUCCACUUGACCCGUGAACCGCAAAGCAAACGAUGCUAUGUGCCGUCUUGUUGAGCGGCUGACCGUACACUUCAAGAUGCACCACGCACUCUUAAAAUAGCCGAAUCAACUCACGUCACGCCCUACACUUGUGAGAAUCCGUUACGCUUCUAAUCGUCUUCACAUCCUGCCACGUAUCGGAUCAUGAUGGGCAUUGCCAACACAAGAACAUUACGGCAAACGUGUAUUAAGGUCCUGUCUCAAAACCUAAGUGACGUUCUAUCUGCCCAGCAAUGAUAAUCUAGCUAGACCUUUCUUUCGAUAAGUGCUUUUCAAGCAACGUCAUGCAGUAAGCAGUGCUGAAGAAGCCUUUAUCGGCGUUCACGCGCGCCAAAAUUCUGGCCAAGCAACCCGGAAAACCAAACUCUAACGCCUAAUGAGACCCCUGUGACUCAUAACAUUCGUGCCGUUCAGGCCUGGGCGACCGCGAUGUGAAAGAAUCUGCGGCAACACAUUUGAGAAUCGGGGUAGAGAAACCGGUUCGAGACUCCCCCCUCAAUUUUGUUCUGUAGCAAGAUCGAAGCAGUUUAGCGGUCCUCAGCCCACUCGUUCUCACGGCGGAUCUGCUCCUCCUCCUCGGGAGUGAAAUCGUUGGUAAUAUUGAAGGUCUU